UUUUUAUUAUGUGUUGAGUCAUAUUCAACAUGUUUUCACCACAAAAGUAACCCAACCAAAAUCCUAGAAUCUUUUCUAGGAGUGACCCUCACUCUCAAGAAUGGAAAAGGAAAAGCUCAGAAGACACAGAUUAUUAAUCAUCCCAGCACAGAGCAACGGAUACCAUAAAUAAAAGCUGAAAACAGGAUCCACCUCGAUCACUCCUCCCACUCCACCCCUCCAAAAGUUUAAUACUUUCACCAUUUUUUAUACGAAGAAAUGGAAAUAUGAAAACCCUUUCUAGUUCCAUCCCCUAAUUUCACGCUCCCUCGUUUUCCCUUCCAAAUUGGGUUUUUAAAUUUAAUCUUAGCUCCAAGAUCAGAGGGAAAAAAAGUUGACCCGUUACAAUUUCUUGUUAUACAUAUACUGUUCAUCUCAAGGAAUUUAUUCAAGGGAAGACGGGGAUAAUGAGGGAAGUGGACUCGAAUUGGUUUGCUAAAUGGGAAGAUGAAUUGCCAGCUCCAGAUGAGUUGAUUCCCCUAUCCCAAUCUUUAAUUACGACUGAUCUAGCGCUGGCCUUCGAUAUUAGAAAUCCACAUCAAAUUGCGACGGCGGCGGUGCCACCGCCUCAAUCUACCGCUAACUCCUCGGCAGAAUUUGACUCGGCUGAGUUGGGUGGCGGAGGAGAGGGCGGCAGUGGCGGAGGAUCCGGGGCUGGAGACGAGCCGGCACGGACUUUGAAGCGGCCACGGCUCGUGUGGACGCCGCAGUUGCAUAAAAGGUUUGUGGACGCUGUGGCCCAUUUGGGAAUCAAGAAUGCUGUCCCCAAGACCAUAAUGCAGCUCAUGAGUGUGGAUGGACUCACUAGAGAAAACGUUGCUAGUCAUUUGCAGAAGUACAGGCUUUAUUUGAAGAGGAUGCAGGGAAUGUCGAGUAACGGUGGCGGUGUAGGUGGCAAUAAUUCUCCAGCAGCACUGGCUGCCGUGGGUGUAGACCCUGCCACGGACCAUUUAUUCGCCAGCUCGCCGGUGCCAGCACAUUUCCUGCAUCCAAGCAGGGCAAAUUCCGACCAUUUUCUCCCAUUCUUACCUGUCACAGCAAUGCAGAAUCAUCAUCAGAUGGCGGUGGUGGGCCCGGGUGCGCACCACCAUCAGCUGCAGCAGCAAUCUAGGUAUUUUGGAACUUCACCACCAAAUGGGCAGUUCGAGCAUCCCCUUAUGAGGCAGUCACAGGAGCAGGUGCAAAGGAUGGGUACGCCGGUGCACAGUAGAAACGGUUCUGCUGUGGUGCCACUGCCAUAUGUGGAGGAUUUGGAGUCAGCCACUGCCACAGAUGGAAGGAAAAUUCUCACCCUGUUUCCAACUGGUGACGAUUAAAUAUGGAGAAAUUUUUGAAAUUUUUCUAGAAGCUCCGCAUUUUUUUUUGUCAAUUUUACUCCUGAGCUAAAUGUCCAUGGGGAAUCUAUCUAGUAUUCGAAUUUAGUUGUCGUAUCAUGUUAACAUUUGUGUUCAUAGAUGUUGCCAAUGCUCUAGGUUGAGUUCUAUUUAGUAUUUACAUUCUUGUUUUCUCCAUGAGGACCUCGGUUUGUGUCCAUUAGAAUGAGUCCUUGCUUUAUGUAGAUUCUGUUGUUAAGGAGUCUAAUUCCAUCAAUGUCGCCUUUUGUUGGCCAAUAUUGAUGCAACUCCGCCCCCGGGCUACCAGUGACUGUUAUCGACCAUGAUGUCACUUUGGGCAGCAAUAAUGCUAUAACGGUUGUUGAAAUAAGUCAUUGAAAGUACGAGAAAUCUACAGGUAAAUUGUUGUCCAAGUUGGUAUGUCUGUGUCUGAAGCAACCAAUUUGUUAACUCUUGAUUGUUCAGCGAAGGAGAACAAUGCUGGCAAGCCAAGAAUCAUGGUCCUAUGAUGUCUUCAAGAAGUCAGAGAUGAUGAUUUACUGUCCAGAGUCUGCUUAAUAUGGUGUUGUGUUUAUCUUGUUUAUUCCCUAUGGUCUCCCACAUAUAAACUUUGUUCUCUCGUUUCCUGGUAUAACCUUGUGUAGAGUCGAGUCCUAUUUGUAAAUGCUGUUGUUUUCUGCAGACAUUUUAACCUUGAUAUUCUGAAAUCUUGCAGAGGAAACCUAACAAUUCUACUGCUAUGUGAUGUUGCUUCAAUAUUUGUAUCCUGUGGAACAAAUAUAAAGUGGAGCUGCAUUUAUUUAA